AUGUCUGCUCCGGUAGAUAUACCGAGAUCAAAGACAGAGUCCUCCCUGGACGAGCACAACACUUCUUACUUGGGCACAUCCGUCGAUAGCGAGACCAUGAACCCGCCAACACCCGCGCUGACGCCGGGCUGGACCUCGUCCACGCCCGGCAGCCCGGCUCUCCUGUCGAGAUCGAACUCUUACUUUGGCAGUCAGUCAUAUCACGAGGACUGGGAGACGCCGUUGGACAAGUUGACGUUCUUUGACAUCUUCGAUAAUCUGGCACUACCCUCGAGACUAGAGAAGCUACAGGCCACGCUGACGGAUCAGCGGGAGAAGUUGAAACAGAGACGAGAAAAGAUGGCAGCAGGCGCUGCUACAGAGUGGCGCAAACGAGUUCCAACUUCCGAAGAGCAGCUGGCAAAAUACCGCUCCCGCCUGAAUAAAUCGAUGCAUGGACUGAAUAAGAGGUGGAGCGAAACUGUCACGAUCUCUGUCAAGGAGAAGACUUCCUUCAUUUCGGCAGUUCUGAACGUCUUCAUAAGUGGCUACUUGAUUGGUGCUGUCCCGGAUUACUUUUACUACUGGUUUACAGCGCAAUUAUGCUACUUCAUGCCGGUCCGUCUCAUUACCUAUCACCGAAAGGGCUAUCACUACUUCCUUGCCGAUCUAUGCUACUUCGUCAAUCUGCUAAUGCUUCUGACGAUCUGGGUAUUUCCACGGUCUAAGCGCCUGUUCAUCGCAACCUAUUGCCUGGCGUACGGAAACAACGCUGUGGCUAUAGUCAUGUGGCGGAACUCGCUCGUUUUUCACUCCAUGGACAAGGUGGUGUCUCUCUUCAUUCAUAUCAUGCCACCCGUUACAUUGCACUGCAUCGUCCAUUUGACGUCGAAGGAGGCCUUGGCAGAGCGGUUCCCUGGAGCAUACAGCAUCAAGUACUCCUCUCCGGACUCACCAGUCCAUUACUCUCUGCUAUCAAUGGUCUUCUUUGCCUCAGUCUUCUACGCCGCUUGGCAAUGCUUCUAUCACUUCUUCAUCAGCGUUCGACGAGCUGAGAAGAUUGCUGCGGGCCGACCAACAUCCUUCACUUGGCUGAGGAAGUCAUACGCUAAGACAUGGCUUGGCAAAUUCGUGCUGAACCGAAGCGAAUCACUUCAGGAGCCUACCUUCAUGCUGAUCCAGUACCUUUAUGCGGUCCUCACAAUUCUACCCUGUCCCGUUUGGUUCUGGUAUCGAUGGCCGUCAGCGAUCUUCCUUCUCACUGUCUUCACAUGGAGCAUCUGGAAUGGCGCAACCUUUUAUAUGGAUGUCUUCGGCAAACGCUUCCAGAAAGAACUCGAGCAGAUGAAGCGGGACGUUGCUAAGUGGCAGGAUGCUAAUGGGAUGCUCAGUCCACCAUCGCAUGCCAUGGAUCAUUCUGACGAAGCUGGGCAUAAGAAGCGCGCGAGUCUGGACGGCCUGUCGAUGUUGGAUCAGCAAGGAGAGGCGAAAUCGGGUGAUGUGAAAGCUGCUGCUCAAGGAAGCAGCAUGCUUGCUUCAGGUACUGAUGCUGCUGUCAACACAGGGGCAACAGAGCGAAGAACGCCAGGCUCGCUGUUGGGUAUACCUUCGGCUAGCAAGUAG